AUCCACCUCUUAUCAACAGAGAUAACGUAAAGGAAAUGAAACAUUAGUCAAACCCUCAUCACCUCGUUCUCACCUUGUUGGAGAUAAGUUAACAAACCCUCUACACGGGGGAAUGAUAAAGCUAUCACUCAAAGCAAUUUUCAAGGUUAACAAAACAAGACGACAUAACAAAAAACAGAGAACAGAUAAUGUGCGUUAAACUUCGAAAAGUUUGUUAUUACACAAUGGAUCACCCACAUUGUUGAAGAGGGUUGGAAUGCUAAACAAAGUCAAUAGCAAUCGAGUGGAAGCAUGCUUGGUUCCAAGUCGAGUCAUUUUUUUCUGCCAAAGGUUCAGUUUCGAGUUGUGUUUACCUAAGAGUUUAGCAACGGUGAAAGAAGCACUCGAGGUAGCUCACCAUGAUGAGGGAAAGUUGCUUUAUUGAAUUGCGUGGUAGUGUCACUGGCCAUUGAGACUUACAACAUGCUAGUAAAACAGCGUGACAUCGUAAAAAAGCCCCUCGACCUAGACGUAGACUACUAAAGAUAACAUAAGCUGUAAUUGGUUGGGAGGGACUUGGGAGGGACUUUAAACACUGCCUGCUCCUGGUGGGGCCUCGAUACAAACCGUGAGGUCAUUGUCUUUUUUGUGACUGGCACACACACUGGCAGGUCGGAAGUUCGCGCCUACAACAAUGUGUAAUCACAUCUCCGAUGGCACAGGCAUUAUUCAUUGGCGGGUAUUUAAUAACUAACUGUUAGGCGGAGAGACCUUGAACUUUGUUGGAGAAGAAGCCGUUUCUUCAGUCAAGUAGCUGUGAAUAAUUGAUUGCUAUCUUAUGUUGGAUUUAUUGAAUGAAACUAUUGAGAAGCCAGUAAUCUUUUCCCACGAGGCUCAAGUCUUGGAUUUGGCAUUCCAAAGGUGAGUGCGUUCCGCUUUCGUCGAUAUCUGACGAGGUGAGGUACUCGGUAAAUUAUAUAACGGAGCCAAUUUUUCCCCAAAGAGCAUAGGUUCAAUUUCCGGAAACUAUCAACACGCUGAGUUUAUCACUGAAUUAUCAGUUUCAUAUCUACUGUUUUACAAGUUUCGUUAGGACAGCAAAGUCGCGAGUGAAUCGGCACUAUUCAUAGGUCUCAUUGCACCAACUCAAAUGGAAACGGAAAGAUUUGAUAGAAUUUACAUUAGACCCACAAGGAACUUUUGGGUAUUUGGAGAGUUCUCUGGAUGAACAGUACAUAGCUCUGGGCUGUCCAGAACUCAAAGCAGUUGAAGAUUAAGGAAAACAAAAAUCACUAAACAGCCUUUGGUAGCGCUAAAAAUGCAUCUGUUUCAUACGAAUAUGAAAUAGGAAAUUCGGCGCAAACUAUAACGAUGUACUAUAUGCCUCUCUUUCGAGGAAGUUAAUGGAGGUAUUUAAAUACAGGAAAUUCUGUUUGUAAACAAACUCUUUGUUUAGGCUUCAAUUUACACGGGUUAUUGACGACAGACUUAGAGUUAUCAAAACAAUUUAGAAGCACUGUAGUCUUAUUUGCUGAGGUGCCCAUUGGCUUUCGUUAGACAGCGACCACCAUUAAUAUUCAAUUUGCAAUUCAUCCACCGGUCGAUGGAGUAUUAUUCGUGUUUUCAGUCGAAACAAUGGAUCGCCACGGUCUACCUGAUCUGUGUUUACUAUGACCGUGGUUUAAUAUUCAAAGACAUGGAGAUUUCGAAACGGCGUGACCCCCGAAUAAUUGACAUCAAUUUCUGAGAAAAAAACAAGAGAGAGCCUAUAGCGUAGUUUGUCUUUGUAGUAUAUUGGACAGAGUUCGCGAAGAUUGAAGGACAAUGCUGUAAAUGUAAAUAUGCCAGAACAAACACGUGGGUCUGACAAUUGACAAAUCUCUUUGAACUCCAACGUUAAGAAAACAUAGCCAAAAAGGGUUGCUAGGAUUUAUCGAUGCUGUCGUCACGAGAUUUUGGAUCAAUGCACUAUGGUAAAGAGGCUCAAUUUCAUCAGAUUCUAGGCAGGGGUCGUUUGUGAUUGAUGGGGUCGAAACAAGAGAAACUUUUCAUUACACAGCCUCGGGGAAUGCCAGAACGUUUUAAAAGCUCUAAGAAACGGAUGGAGUUUAACGGCGGCUGAUAAGCGAAGGUAAAGACAAAGUAACAUGUUGACUGACACUAUGAUGAUUUGCUUGUCUAAACAAACAAGCUUAACAGGCAUUAUUUUCAACAGUUUUGUCUACGAGAUCCCUGCGUGUGAGCGAGUCCGUACUCAACAGACAAGAUUAACUGACAUUUAAUUUGAACUUUCGAGAAACAUAGAUAACAGUGUCAACCGCAGUCCAUCGGUUAUUGGCGUCGAUAUAAAUGCUAUUAUUCAGCGGCUAUUUCGAGGUUUGCGCUCAUUAAUCGUUUAGCAAACACCUGAUCUUUACCUUGGUGUUAUUGAAAUAAUGAGGUCUUGCAAAGUCCAUGGAAUAAUGUUUCUGAAUCAAGCCCCUAAGUAACCAUAACAUUGGCAAUUGAGGAACCAAAACAAAGGAAAUACAUAAACAUUUCACAAGCUUCCUGUGAUCAAACGAAUCCGCCUAAAAGCCGAAAAUAGCACUCAAGGUCUUUUUCACCUCAUAGAGAGCGAUUUCUGCCAGUAGAUAAUGGUUCGGGAAUUUUAAAAGCGAGCUAAGAUUUCACGAAACCGUAUUCAAGUCCCACGCUUGUCACUUAAUUAUCACGUUCCCGCCAAGGGCAAAUCUGUCAACUCGGAGGGCUUGACAAACCAUAAAUGCAAUAAACGUUGCGAAUAUAUAAUCACUGUCCUGUAGUGAAAUUUAGAUUAGUUCAGUAAACACAAACAGCAGGUUAACAGAUAAACUUCCGCGGAGUUCUGUCAAUUCUUUUCAAGACCGGAUUGUGGGAAAAAAACCGGAGAAAAUAAGUUCACAAGAUGUGCUUUCGUAAGCGUAUGCAGAGCGGCGAUGUGUUGACUUAUCCGACUUAGCACGCAUUAAUACACUAACUUCUACUUCAAGCACAUUUCAAUUAAGUCCCACGCGAGACAAGACAACUGUUGUUUCAGAUGUAAAUAAUAGGGCAAUAAAUUGAAGCACGGCCAAUCAGAGUGUUCGUGCUUGGAAACAAUUAUGUCUAGCGAGGACAGUAGGAGCACAACCCGUGGAGAAAAUAUCAGAGCGACCCCAGUUACUUCUUCAAAAGCUUCCCGGUUCUUCUCAAGGUUAACUGACGGGAAUAAAUUGGUUUGAAUCGCCUUAGCUUCGGAAAAUUUUGCCGCAUCGAGAUAGGGCAAGAUAUUCUCCUAAGCUGAAAGCUGAAAGACAAGAAAAAGAACAGCCUCCAACACUUCAGAAUUAACUCUGUCAAAUACAAGAAAAAUGGCCUCGGCAAACCACGAGCAGCAACUCAGCAGCUACGAGCCGGAGCUGAAGAAGGAAGACGGUGGAUCAAGUCCAAUCGACAGCGAAAAAGCCGAAAGUAAGGAAGUCUCGUCGAAAGAUCCCAAUGUAAAGCCGCCGUACUCGUACGUCGCGCUGAUCGCGAUGGCGAUUCGAGAGUCUUCCGAAAAGCGGUUAACCCUCAAUGGAAUUUACCAGUACAUUAUCAGCAAGUUUCCGUUUUACGAGAAGAACAAGAAGGGAUGGCAAAAUUCCAUACGGCACAAUUUAUCACUCAACGAGUGCUUCAUUAAAGUGCCUCGAGAAGGCGGCGGUGAGAGAAAAGGUAACUACUGGACCUUAGAUCCAGCCUGCGAGGACAUGUUUGAGAAAGGAAACUACAGGCGCCGGCGCCGUAUGAAGAGGCCCUACCGUCAGCCCACAUUGCAGCACACAAACGGAAUGUUGACAGAUCCGCGCGCUGCAGCGUACGGAAACUUCAUCGCUCCAAAGUGGUCGGCAUAUAACCCAGUUCAGAGUGUACCUGCAGCAGGGGGAAACUGGCGAACUGCUCAACCUGCUGGCCCUCUUUCGUACCCGUGCAACCCGCAAUCGUCUAGAGUUCCACCAGGAUAUGCGGUUGCACCCUACAUGAACAUGGGAUCAACCGUUGGAGUCCCCGUCAGCUCAUACACAGGUACGCAGUAUUCUACACAAAUCCAGAACCCCGUGAAUAACCAGUGUGGGUACGGAGCCGUGGCAAUGCCCAGUGUAGGCUGUCGCAGACAAACUGAUCAUACAGCCGCAGUCCACGGCCACCACUUUACUAAUCCAUACUGGAAUCCACCAGACAAGCAUACCUUUGAUGCUCAACCACGUUCGUAGAAGAACGUGUGCGAGAGAUUAAUGACUGCAAAACGUUUCUACGACCUAGAGAUUUUAUUUAUAUGAAGCCACGUAAGAAUUACUCUUGGAUCCUAGUGGAGAAAGAAAAACUAAAUACAAAAAAAGAAAAGGGAUUAACAAAGUUUAGAUGUACACUCCAAAUAGAGAUUUCAUGUAAUAUUUGAGUAUUAUAUUUACUUUAAUCAUUAAAUCAGAAGCCCCCUUGAUAUGGUAUCUGGGCAUUCCAGCCAGGGCAACAGUUGACCUACAGACAAAUCGAAUUGUACCAAAUCAUAUAUUAUCUACAAUACAGAAGAGAGAGAAAAAAGAAGACAUGAUUUUUUUCUUCGAUUUAUCCUUAUUUCGCACGUAUUCGUAUGAUGAAAGUUCAUACAGUAAGGUAACGAGCUAGUAAAUGCAUUAGUUACACUUUAGUGAGUUGUUAUUAGCGUAGGCUUUCUAUUUCAGUGUCAGGCGUCAAACGCCAUCUCUUUACCGCGGAGAGAAUUUCAUUUCAUAUCUGCGAUUUGCAGAACACUUUCAACUAAAAGGAUUUUGUCGAUCUAUUCCUUCCAUUUUAGAAUUAUGAGAGAGUACCUCUAGCAUUUGUUGACUUUAAUUUUGAAUAAUUCUACGAACGGGCGAUAACUUGUCAGUUGUACAGGAGCCGUUUCAAACGUUCAAAGAAAUACGGAAGAAAAUGAAUUUUGUGACAAUAAUUUAUUUGCUAAGGCGGCGGUGUCACUGUCUUUUCUACGCCUUCAAUGCAAAUAAACUCUUAACCAGGAUA